CACAAGCUCAUAAGGCCUUGCGGAUCGCGAUGCUACUACUAGGGGGCCAACACUGACAAUGACAUCAGCUUCACCCUCAGGGUCUCAGGCUCAGCAGGCUCAUGAGUCAUGAAUGCUCAGGCUAGAGUCACUUUCUGCAACUCGAGUCUUGGAGAGGGGAGGACGACAUUCCUAGCCGCGCGUUCCAAAAUGAGCACCAUAGGAGUUCUCAGGGGCUCUGUGUGUGGCCUGAUCCUCAACAAGAGCCUCAAUUGCGCUGCAGAGGACCUUCAUGCAACAAGGCAUAGUUGCGCGAGACUUGUCCAGAAGCACUCAGGCCCUGCGCGCUUCCAGAGACUCAUCAGGCCUGAUCUUCUGGACGUGCCAGCUUGUUCUGUCGCAGUCAGACGCCCAAUGAGACCAGCAUUCCGUCCUCACGUUUCUGUAUCAGGCCCAACUGAAGUGGAUGCGGCAGAAGCUGCGGACAGUCCAGUGGAAAAAACUUCCUCAUUGGACCUACUCAAGGGCUCCCCUUCCCCGUUGGGCGUCUCCCUAUCUCCUGGCGAAGACUCCGUCAACUUUGCCCUGUUCUCUGAGCACGCAAAAGGUGUCACGCUCUGCCUGUGGAUAGAUGCUACUCGAGGACAGCCUCCCACUGACGAAAUUUCCCUUUCAGCGAAUGACAACCGGACGGAAAAUGUCUGGCAUGUUGCCGUGAAGGACCUCCCCAAGAAGGGCGUCCUGUACGGCUACAAAGUCAGCGGAGAGGGCGGCUGGGAGACCGGCCUUCGAUGGAGUCCCGACACCGUCCUACUCGAUCCGUAUGCCAAGCUGGUGGAGGGCCGGCGCUACUUUGGGCAGCGAGACGAGGAGGGGCUCGGAGUUUUGGGUACAUACGACCUCGAGACGGAGCCGUUCGACUGGGGGGAGGAUUACGCACCACCCGCCAUCCCGGAGAAAGACCUUGUCAUCUACGAGAUGAACGUUCGUGGCUUCACAGCGGAUGCGACCAGCGGUGUCCCUGAGGACAUCCGGGGCAGCUACAAGGGCCUCAUCGAAAAGGUGCCGCACUUGGUGGAGCUUGGUGUGAACGCGGUUGAGCUGCUUCCGGUGAUGGAAUACGACGAGCUGGAGUUUCAGAGGAGGAAGAACCCCCGCGACCACAUGGUCAAUACGUGGGGCUACUCGACGGUCAACUUCUUUGCGCCCAUGACGCGCUAUGCGAGCGGCGGAGGGGGCCCCAUGGUGGCCUCGCGCGAGUUCAAGGAGAUGGUCAAGGCCCUGCACGCAGCAGGAAUCGAGGUCCUCCUGGAUGUUGUCUACAACCACACCAACGAGGCUGACGACGAGUUCCCCUUCCUGACAUCAUUCCGCGGCAUCGACAACCUGGUCUACUACAUGGUCGACUUUGACAGCUGGGUCCAGCUACGCAACCUAGCAGGCUGCGGAAACACUCUCAACUGCAACCACCCCGUCGUAAUGGAGCUCAUCCUGGACAGCCUGCGGCACUGGGUGACCGAGUACCACGUGGACGGCUUCCGUUUCGACCUGGCGAGCGUUCUGUGUCGCGAUACCAACGGGAGGCCUAUGCCAGCUCCUCCCCUUAUCCGAGAGAUCGCCAAGGACCCCAUUCUUUCUAGAGCCAAGAUAAUUGCAGAGCCCUGGGACUGCGGGGGGCUGUACCAAGUGGGCAGCUUCCCCAACUGGGACCGGUGGGCGGAAUGGAACGGAAGAUACAGGGACGACCUAAGGCGAUUCCUCAAGGGCGACCCGGGGCAGAAGAGCAACUUCGCGACCCGUGUGGCCGGAUCCGCUGACCUCUACCACACCAACAACCGCAAGCCGUACCACAGCAUCAAUUUCAUCAUCGCCCAUGAUGGUUUCUCCCUCUACGACCUUGUCUCGUACAACUCAAAGCACAACGAGGCCAACGGCGAGCAAGGCCGUGACGGCAGCAAUGACAAUUUCAGCUGGAACUGCGGGGCAGAAGGUGAAACGAACGACGAGGGAGUCCAGGGCCUCCGCAUCCGCCAGAUGAAGAACUUCCACCUCGCGCUGAUGGUAUCGGUGGGCACGCCGAUGAUCCUGCAAGGCGACGAAUACGGGCAUACGCGCGGCGGCAACAACAACAGCUACGGGCACGACAACCAGAUGAACCACUUCCUGUGGAGCAACCACGGCGACCUGCCUACGCUGGACAAAGCGCGCGACGGAUUCUUCGCCUUCACACGCAAGUGCAUCGAGUUCCGGAAAAAGCACCCAAUGCUGGCCCGGGAGAACUUCCUCUCUGACUCUGACGUCACCUGGCACGAAGACAACUGGGGCAACUGGGAGAGCCGGUUCCUGGCUUUCACCUUCCAUGAGGGCCAGCUCGGCGGCGGCGACCUGUACCUGGCGUUCAAUGCGCACGACUUUUGGGUGGAGGCAAUGCUGCCCGCCCCCCCGGCCGGCAAGCAGUGGUUCCGAGUGGUCGAUACGAACCUAGCGGCACCCGACGACUUCGUUGAGGAAGGGGUACCAGGACUUGGCGGGAAAUACAGUCUUACGCCAUACUCUUCCAUCAUGUUGCUGGCAAAGGAUGCCUAACGUUGCGUUUGUAGCUAUCUUACUCUCUGCGAGUUGAAGAGAAGAGCUUUUGCACAGCUCGCCCAUCUGCUUUUAGUGGUUUGAAGCGCGGUUGGAUGUGCUUUUUGCUAGCCAUAGACGAGGUGGAAGAAUAAGGGUGGGCGAAACCACAGAGUUUGAAGCGGACGGAUCCUCGCAGAACCUCGGUUCCCUCCAAAACGAACCUUGGAUGAGACUUCCACACAGGCUCAGGACUAAUUUAGCCGCACGGUUGAAGGCAUCACUUUGGCGAGAGAAGGAGCCUCUUUAAGAGGAAAGCAUCUUCUCGAGCUAUUGUUUUGAUUUCUUGCCCGCAUCGCUGCCUUUCAAUGCGGGCAGUACAUGUUGGAUGUGACAAAGUGUUUGAUCUACUAAAUUCCCGACGGGCCUGGCCAACG